AUGGAAAAUAUCUACCUCCAACUUGUUGAGUGGUCUGUUUAUCAUGAUCAAGUUCCGCGUUUAAUUGGAUGGCCUAAUGUGGAUAAGAACCGACAUUUUCCGCAUCUCAAAGAUACUUAUAUGGCAAUGCGUAAGAAGCUCAACGAAUUUUUUGUUGCACAAGCUGAUUUUUUUGCUGGGAAGAAAAUUGAGGAAUUUGAUGAGUGGAGUCUUAUGAGGGGUCUUUUCAAUGGUUUCUUUUUUUUUACCUUCAGCUUUUAA